CUAGCUGGAGUUUCCAUGGCAACAGUGUGCGAAUUCUUGUCUGUGAGACUGAAGACUGUGACUGCUCACACUGCAUACCGCAGUUUUGACGGUGACGACGACAGCGUGGACGGGAACCGGCCGUCUUCAGCUCAGGCUGCCUUCAAGGUCCCCAAAGUCCCCAAGAAGACUGCAGAGCCCUCCUCAGCCCGCCGGCCUAGCGCCACGGGCUCCGCCAAGAUGGGUUCGUCAAAGGAAGGUGCUGGGGGUAUGGAUGAAGAAGACUUCAUCAAGGCUUUCACUGAUGUCCCCACUGUACAGAUCUACUCCUCUCGGGAUCUGGAGGACAACCUGAACAAGAUCCGGGAGAUCUGCUCCGAUGACAAACACGACUGGGACCAGAGAGCUGCUGCUAUGAAGAAGAUCCGCUCCUUACUGGUCGCCGGGGCGACAGAGUACGACUGUUUCUACCAGCACCUGCGUCUGCUGGACGGAGCCUUCAAGCUCUCCGCCAAAGACCUGCGCUCCCAGGUCGUACGAGAGGCCUGCAUCACCGUGGCCCAUCUGUCAACAAUACUGGGCAACAAGUUUGACCACGGAGCAGAGGCCAUCGUCCCGGUCCUCUUCAACCUGAUCCCCAACUGUGCCAAGAUCAUGGCCACCUCGGGCGUGUCUGCCAUCCGCCUCAUCAUCAAGCACACCCAUGUCCCCAGGCUCAUCCCCCUCAUCGCCAGUAACUGCACCUCCAAGUCCGUCUCCGUCCGAAGGCGCUGUUAUGACUUCCUGGAGCUGCUGCUGCAGGAGUGGCAGACGCAUUCCCUGGAGCGGCACACGGCCGUGCUGGUGGAGAGCAUCAAGAAGGGCCUGCGAGACGCCGACGCUGAGGCCCGAGUAGAGGCCCGCAAAGCGUACUGGGGUUUGAGGAACCACUUCCCAGGGGAGGCUGAUGCUCUCUUCAACUCCCUGGAGCCGUCCUACCAGAAGAGCCUGCAGUCGUGUCUGAGGAGCUCCGGCAGUGUGGCCUCGCUCCCCCAGAGCGACCGCUCCUCCUCCUCCUCACAGGAGAGCCUCAAUCGGCCUCUAACGUCUAAAUGGUCUGCCGGCCCAGGGAGAGUCCCCGCGGGGUCAAAGGGCGGGGCUUCCCCGGCCGCCCUGCAGCGUUCCCGUAGCGAUGUGGACGUUAACGCGGCAGCGGUGGCAAAGCACCGGCACGUCGGGCAGCCCGUUGGGACGGGAAGACUUAAUCCCGGUUCCUACUCCUCACUGGGGGCCAGGUCAAACAAUGGGCGCCUGCGGACCAAGCAGCCUCUCUCCACGCCCGGAGGAGGCCUGAGCCAGGUGGACUCACGCGGACGCAGCCGAACCAAGAUGGUGUCCCAGUCCCAACGUUCCGACGAAUCAGAUUGCACGCCAGCUGGCAGCAGGAGUGGCUCCCCAGGUCGUGUGUUGACCAGCACGGCUCUGAGCACGUUGGGCUCCGGGGCCCAGCGGGUCCUGGCCGGGGCGGGCGGGGCCAGCCACCGGCGCAGCCGCAUCCCCCGCAGCCAGGGCUGCUCGCGAGACUCCUCCCCCACGCGCCUGUCGGUCGCUCCCUCCAGCAUUAGUUCCAUCUACAACGGAGCAAGCCGAGGAGCGCGGGGCAGCCGUAUCCCUCGGCCCAGUAUGAGUCAGGGCUGCAGCAGGGAGGCCAGCCGGGAGAGCAGCAGGGACACCAGCCCUGUGCGCUCCUUCACGCCCCUGGCGACCCGACACUACUCUCGCUCCACAGGAGCUCUCCAUUCAGCUGACGUUGUGGGGGCUGCAGGGUCAGGGUUGGGUAUCAGUCAGUCCAGCCGCUUGUCAUCAUCAGUCAGCGCCAUGAGAGUCCUGAACACCGGCUCAGAUGUAGAGGAGGCUCUUGCAGACGCACUGCUGUUGGGAGACAUGCGGUCCAAGAAGAAACCCGCGCGGCGACGGUACGACAAUUAUGGGAUGUACUCUGACGACGACGCCAACAGCGACGCCUCGAGUGCGUGCUCGGAGCGCUCAUACAGCUCCAGGAACGGAGGGGCCAUCCCCACGUACAUGAGACAGACAGAGGACGUGGCAGAGGUGUUGAACCGCUGCGCCAGCGCCAACUGGUCGGAGAGGAAGGAGGGGCUUCUGGGACUGCAGGCGCUGCUGAAGAACCAGCGCACCCUGAGUCGUGUGGAGCUGAAGAGACUGUGUGAGAUCUUCACCAGGAUGUUUGCAGAUCCCCACAGUAAGCGAGACUCCGGCAGAGUGUACGGCACGGCAGAAUCCGGUAUAAGCUCAGCCUCCUUCAAGAGAGUGUUCAGCAUGUUCCUGGAGACGCUGGUGGACUUUGUGCUGGUGCAUAAGGAGGACCUGCAGGACUGGCUGUUUGUGCUGCUCACUCAGCUGCUCAAGAAGAUGGGAGCAGACCUGCUGGGCUCUGUCCAGGCCAAGGUCCAGAGGGCCCUGGACAUCACACGAGAGUCUUUCCCCAACGAUCUUCAGUUCACCAUCCUCAUGAGGUUCACUGUGGACCAGACACAGACCCCCAACCUCAAGGUGAAGGUGGCCAUCCUGAAGUACAUCGAGACGUUAACACUGCAGAUGGAGGCUCCAGACUUUGUCAACUCCAGCGAGACGCGCCUGGCCGUGUCCCGCAUCAUCACCUGGACCACCGAGCCCAAGAGCUCGGACGUCCGGAAGGCGGCCCAGUCCGUGUUGAUCUCGCUGUUCCAGUUGAAUACUCCUGAGUUCACCAUGUUGCUUGGAGCCCUGCCUAAAACCUUCCAGGAUGGAGCCACCAAACUGCUACAGAACCACCUGAGGAACACAGGCAACACUGCACAGGCACCAAUGGGAAGCCCCCUGACGCGCCACACCCCCCGAUCUCCCGCCAGCUGGUCCAGCCCCCUCACCUCUCCCACCAACACCUCCCAGAACACGCCCUCGCCAAGUGCGUUUGACUACGACACGGAGAACAUGAACUCUGAGGACAUCUACAGCUCACUCAGAGGCGUUACCGAGGCGAUCCAGAACUUCAGCGUCCGCAGCCAAGAAGACAUGAACGAACCAGGGGGCGUGGGCGGGGGCAGUGGGUCUGAUGGGAAGGCAGCAGACGCGGUGGACGGGGGACGGACUGCGCUGGACAACAAGACGUCUCUCCUCAACACGUCCCUGCUCUCCUCCAGCCCCCGCGGGGCCCGGGACCCCUUCUCCGACUCCCCCUACAAACACAACAUCAAGGACACCAGCAUGGACGAGUCAGGCCAGCUAGACGACAGUAAUCUGGACCAGUCGGAGCUUGUUGCUGACCUGCUGAAGGAGCUGUCCAAUCACAACGAGCGUGUGGAGGAGAGGAAGGCGGCGCUGUGUGAACUGUUGAAGCUGAUUCGUGAAAACACGCUGCAGGUCUGGGACGAACACUUCAAAACCAUCUUACUGCUCCUGUUAGAGACGCUGGGAGACAGAGAGCAUGUGAUUCGUGCGCUGGCCCUCCGUGUGCUGAGAGAGAUUCUGAGCCGGCAGCCCUGGAGGUUUAAGAACUACGCUGAGCUCACCAUCAUGAAGGCUCUGGAAGCACACAAGGACCCGCACAAGGAGGUAGUGAGAGCGGCGGAGGAGACAGCCGCCAUGCUAGCGACGUCCAUCAGCCCUGACCAGUGCGUCAAGGUACUGUGUCCCAUCAUCCAGUCAGCUGACUAUCCCAUCAACCUGGCCGCCAUCAAGAUGCAGACCAAGGUCAUCGAGAGGGUCCCACGGGACGGCCUACAGGCCAUGCUGCCUGAGAUCGUCCCUGGACUCAUACAGGGCUACGACAACUCUGAAAGCAGUGUGAGGAAGGCCUGUGUGUUCUGUCUGGUGGCCAUCUAUGCAGUCAUAGGAGAGGACCUCAAACCACAUCUCAGCCAGCUCACAGGCAGCAAGCUGAAGUUGUUGAAUCUGUACAUCAAGCGGGCUCAGUCUGGCUCCAGUGGCAGUGAACCUCCAGAGGGCCUAUAGGAACAAACAGCACUCCUACAGGCCAAACCAAGAACUACAGCUCGGAAAUCUACACCCACACACACUCACUCACUCACACCCUCUCAUGAACACAAACCCUAAUAAACGAUGCACAGAUUUGGAUGAAACGGAAACACACAGUCACACACACACACGCUUACACUGAGAGACACUGACACGCAGGCUCAACCAUACCCCACAUGCUCAGACACUCUGGGUCAGACUUCCUGUUUCCCGUCGUCUUCUUCCGCCGUUACUGCUGCAGUGCAUUGUGGGACUUGUGGUGAGGAGUGCAGGAGAACAAGUGUUGUAGUUCUCCUCUAAGACGCCGAAGAUACAUCCUGCUCUCUAGCAUUCAGACUAAAACACCCCCUGUGACCCUUGAACCCCAGAAGGUUAUUCUCGUGUUGUCUUGUACCCCCGACCUAACACUCACACGCAUUCAACCCCAAGUGUGUGUCAUCCAAGCCCACUCCCAGCUCUGUCUCUCCCAAACACACCCCUUGCCCUCGGCCUCCAUAGCAACAAGGAAGGAAGGAAGAGGGAGUUGGCGCUAUGGAAACCAGCCAGUUGUGACUAAAUAGCAGAGGCUAGGGAGAGGAGGGCAUGGCAGGAAAGAGGGUGGAUGGUGGGGAUUUUCGGAACAGUUGUCCAGGGUUAGGGAAGAGGAGGGGGUUUAUUUGUGUUUCUUUUAUCUGUGUGUUGGGGUGAGGGCUGUUAAAGGCUUUGAAACCCCUCGGACUCAACGGUGCUGAUGUUCACGAGGUAUGACCCACCCAGCACUAAUGCUCAACAGGCCAUACCUGCUUUUAGCUACACAGAGAGAGACUGAGGUAGACAUAAUGUGCUUGGCUAUGCAUGAGACGAUUUAUAACGAGAAACUUUUUAUCUGGAUACUUCCUAAAGUCAGAAAGGGGUUUAAACAAAUGAUUCCCACUGCUUUGAAAAAAUUAAAUAAUUCAUGGUACCUUCCACUGCCCCCCCCCCCCCUCCCCCUCCGUUUUAAAUCCAACCAUUUCAGAUGAUAUGUGAGUGGUUACUUACUCCGUGGAGUCAAAGUAUGACUGGACAUGGAUUAUUAUUAUCACAUAGUGGAUUUGUAUCUAUAUACGAUAUAAAAAAAAUAAUAUCCAGUAAAAUAAUUGAGUCCCUAAAGGGGCACGUGCGUGCACCUGUGCCCAUCCAUGUUUAUUUUUUUUAUUUUUUUGGUUCUUCUGUUGCGUGUUGUAGUCUCUCAUUGGUUUCUCUGAUGAGGAAUUUGUAGAAAUGUAUUAUUUACAGAUCUGGAAAACUGUCAUGCUCCUCUUUUCCUCUUCUCUUUCUCUUCUCAUUGUGACACGUUUUCCCCUCUUGUGAGUAACAUUCUAGAGUUCACUGUUUCCUCUGUGCAUUUACAAAGCUGUGCUUACAAUGAAAAUAAAGAACACUUGUACAGACCAUAAUAAA